CUCGGCGUCCUGGACUUCGCAAAGGUUUCUGGGAAUCCGAGGCCCGAGGGCCGUACGACCGCCCUUUUCGGAGCUACGAGAGUAGAACAGCAGUUCAUGCGUCGAGGGAAAUAUUAUCGCAAAACAAGUUUUUGAAGCAGCGCAACCAGACUUGAGAGAGGGAUAAGGUCAACAAUGGCGGCUGAGGUGGAGGUUGAGUUGGAGGGAGGCAAUGAGUACCCAGCACAUUACAAGGUCAUGAUGGACAAACUUAAUGAGCAACGACAGCUGGACCAGUUCACAGACAUUACACUGAUUGUGGAUGGACACCAGUUCAGAGCCCAUAAAGCAGUGUUGGCUGCAUGCAGUCAGUUUUUCCAUAAGUUCUUCCAGGAUUUCACCCAGGAGCCUCUGGUGGAGAUAGAAGGAGUGAGUAACACAGCCUUUCGGCAGCUGAUGGAGUUCACAUAUACAGCAACUCUGGACGUAAGUGGAGAAGAGGAGGCCUAUGAUGUGUGGAAGGCUGCCGAGUACCUCCAGAUGCAAGAAGCCAUCAAAGCCCUCGACAACAAAAAGAUAAAUGAUAAUCCGUCGCUGACAGCAAAAAGGAAAGGUAAAAAGCGGAAGAUUGCUGAGACAUCUAAUGUGAUUACAGAAACCCUGCCUUCAGUGGAAGGGGAACAGGUGGAGAUUGAGGUGAUUGGGGAAGGAGCCAUUGAGGAGGUGGAGGAGACUGGACUGGAAGAGGUGGUCGACGCAGCAAAAAAUGCUCAGACGGGGUCAGAUGACUCUGCUUUGGCUCUUCUUGCUGACAUAACCAGCAAAUAUCAGCAUGGGGAAUCAACGCUUCAGGUCAUUAAGAAGGGAGGAAUAGAAGAGGAGGUGGUGUAUCAGGAGGAAACUGUGACUGCCUCCAAGGUGCUGGAGAAUGUCGAGGUCGUCGAGGUCCAGAUUUCCCAAGUGGACAACAUGUUCCGCUGCACUAAAUGUGACCGUAGCUUCAAGUUGUACUACCACCUCAAACAGCACCUGAAAACACACCUGGGCUCGCUGGAAAAGCCCCACGUGUGUAACCACUGUGGUAAAGCCUAUACACGGGAGGGCGCCUUGAAGCAGCACAUCAGCACGUUUCAUUUUGAUGCAGAAGAGCUGUCUCGAAACCAGAAACCCCAGAAGAAAGUGCAUGUUUGUGAAUACUGUAAAAAGCACUUUGACCACUUUGGCCAUUUUAAGGAGCACCUACGGAAGCACACGGGGGAAAAGCCUUAUGAGUGUCCAGAUUGCCACGAGCGAUUUGCUAGGAACAGCACACUGAAGUGCCAUAUGGCAGCCUGUCAGAAUGGGGCCGGAGCCAAGAAAGGACGCAAGAAACUGUAUGAAUGCCAGGUCUGCAGCAGUGUAUUUAACAGCUGGGACCAGUUCAAAGACCAUCUUGUGAGCCACACAGGAGACAAGCCCAACCACUGCACCAUGUGUGACAUGUGGUUCACCCACCCAAAAGACCUUAAGCUCCACCUCAAGCAGGUCCAUUCCAUUGAGGAAAAGUCGAAUGAAGAAGUGGUCGUCGCUGACUCUGCUGCUGCCGCCGCCCUAGCCGUCGCCACGCAGAGCAUAGAAGGCACCGAAACGGUCCUGCUAGAUGACGGUAUCCAGGUGGAGCACGUCACGGUGGAGCCCGUGGAUGUGAUGGAGAUGGAGGAGACCGCAACAGUUGUGGUGGAGGACGGCGGGGUGGCCGAGAUGUGUGAGGAGGACGUGGAGAGAUUAAAGCAGGCAGGAGUGCAGAUCCAGGUGGUGCAUGUGACUCAAGUAGACGGGCAGCAGGUGGUGAACUCUCAGGUGGAAGUAGAGAUGGAGGGUGAAGUGGUGAACGUUGUGGAGGCAGAACAUGCAGUGGUCGUGUGAGGAUGUGAGGAGGACUCUGUCAGCCCUGACCGGCUGCAUUAAUCUGUAGCAGACAGUUAUUUUCCAUAAGGAAACUGCAUGUUAGGAUAAAGCAUGUCACCUCCGCAUGUCCGGUUGUGUGCCAUCACUAUGGACGGCAUUGUUACCACCACCCUCACCCUUUGAACUUUGAGUUAUGGACAGCGUUACGGAGAUGUAUCAUUUCCUACUAAUGAUCCUGUAUUUAUUUCAAAGCUGUUUGCCAUCAUAUCAAAUAUUCCUGGUGGCUCUCCAUUGCUUCAUCAAUCGUGUUUCAUACUUGUUUUUCGUGUCCUUAUUUUACCUCAUGUACUGUUUGCUUCACUUGCCAAGACAAUUUGACAAUGAAUGAAAAACAUGUCUGGUUGCAGCUGAUUACACAGCUGGUGCUGAUGUCCAUCACUGCUAACGCUGUCUUGCUACAGUUUUGUUCAAGCUAGUUUUCAUAUUGACUGUUGGUGUUUUUGUAGGAAAAACUCAGAUGCGGAAUAAAAAAUGGUUUUCCAGAAUGGUUCUACAAGUCUUAUUGAUCUUAAGAAUGAGAUGGAUACGCUUAAAAAUGCUGCUGACUUUAUA